AUGGGACGAUCGGGCUGUGGCUGGACGUUAUGCGACGAUGAUGAGGUCGAAGCCGAUGACAACGACGUUGAGCCCUGGAAAUUUGACGAGGAAGCAGCCGAAGUGGCGGUGGUGGCGGCGCCGGCUGCAAAACCUCAGACAAGUAAAGUACGCGCAUCGAAAGGAGGAACGACACUUACCGGCAGAUCCGAAGAGACAACGAUGAUGGCUGACCAACGCCAUGGAGAUGUUCCGUCGACAACUGUUGUACAGGAACUGUGCGACCGUACGACGACCCGGAGGAGGACGAGAAUGAUGCGCAGUAAUAUUUACGACGAUGGCGUCGGAGGUCGAACACACGGGCAACACACGUCCAUCGCAGAGGAGGAGGUGGUCAGUGCGCGGCACGGCACCAGCAGCGACAGCAACAAGCCGGGGGCCGAACGUCCACCUCACGACAGUCACAGCAACAACGGCGGCGAAGCAGACUACGCACACCAGACAAGCAGACAGGGAGACAGACAGACAGACCGAACGACAGACAAUGACCCGAUGAUAAUUGGUGCGAACGACGACGUACUGGACGACGAUGACAGCGACGACGACGAACAACAAUCACGACGUUCUUCGACUUUCGGAAACCAUGUCAUCGACGUCACGGUCAUCAUCGCUCCACUUGGCCUGCCCACCUUUUCGUCGCCACCUGGCGUUCGUCACAGCAAGCUACCGAAGCAGGAGGACGAAAGACAAAGACUUGUGCUGCCGCUACCCACAUUUCGUGGCCAUUUCGUUGCCGUUCGUCCCUCUCCCUCUAAACAUCUUAUCUACUUCAGCACCUCCUAG